GCCGGCGCCUGGCCAGCUCCCGGCUCCCGGCCCUUUAAGGCGGGUGGUUGCGGCGGCCGCGCUCGGGGCGGGGAAAGCGAGGCGCGCCACGCGGGGCUGUCUCCCGAGCAACUGGGCGAGAUGGAACUGCGACCAUGUCAAAAAGCCGGAGAAUCAAACGGUUAACACUCAGUCCAAGUGCAGUUUCGGGUCCACGGCUGUCAGUGUUAAACGCGCUGAAUUUAGAGGGGGUGGAGGGAAGACCAAAACGAAACAGCAAACACUAUCCUGCCGACCGCAGCGGGUGGCAGCUGCAGUCUAAACGGGCCCGGACAGUGUAGAAAGCACGACUUUGACUGCGGCCCUGGGCUAGCAGCCCCGCUACGCUCACUCUUCCCGCGGCUCCAGUUCACCCAGCGGUCACAGCAGAGGGCCUAGGGCAUCCUGCGGGAGUCGUACGGUUGUGAGUUCUUUUCCCAAAGACCUCGUUUGGCAUGUAUUCAGAACUAAAUUUCCCUUCCCAGAAGAGGAAGAGCCGUGCAAGAAGGAAUUAGACAAAGGCCCCCCCGCCCCACCUCUGUUGUCUUCUUUUGAACUUAGCGUCAGGCAGGCUUCUCUUGCCCAACAGCUUUGAGGGAGCCGAGAGCUGAGUGCAGGCGAAAUGGCCCUGGUGCCCUAUGAGGAGACAGUGGGAGUGGGGUUGCAGAAAUUCCACAAGCCUCUUGCCACCUUCUCCUUUGCGAACCACACGAUCCAGAUCCGGCAGGACUGGAGACAGCUGGGAGUUGCCGCGGUGGUUUGGGACGCGGCUGUCGUCCUUUCCACGUAUCUGGAGAUGGGAGCUGUGGAGCUCCGGGGCUGCUCUGCGGUGGAGCUGGGUGCCGGCACCGGGCUGGUGGGCAUAGUGGCUGCCCUGCUGGGUGCUCAUGUGACUAUCACGGAUCGGAAAGUAGCAUUAGAAUUUCUUAAAUCAAAUGUUCAAGCCAACUUACCUCCCCAUAUCCAACCCAAAGCUGUUGUUAAGGAGCUGACUUGGGGACAAAAUUUGGGGAGUUACUCACCUGGAGAAUUUGACCUGAUACUUGGAGCUGAUAUCAUAUAUUUAGAAGAAACAUUCGCAGAUCUUCUUCAGACUUUGGAACAUCUCAGUAGCAACCGCUCUGUGAUUCUUUUAGCUUGCCGAAUUCGCUAUGAACGGGACAACAACUUCUUAGCGAUGCUGGAGAGGCAAUUUACUGUGAGUAAGGUUCACUAUGAUUCUGAAAAAGAUGUACAUAUUUACAAAGCACAGAAGAGAAACCAGAGGGAGGACUUAUAGCUGACUUUAAUUUAUAAGAAUGUUGUUAUUGAAUGUGUCAGUGAAUGUCUUAGACUGGGAAUUGAACCACGUUUAAUGAAAUGGCUUACUGAACAAAAAGUCUAACCAAAGGUUCUCGAGGGACAAAGUGCAUGUUUAAAACAGAGCAGCACUCUGUCCCAUUGCUAUGACUUUUUAGUCCUAUUUGACUCUGCAAAAUUUACCAUUAAAGGAGCAUAUGAGGUAUCUGUGUCCCAUACUGCUCCCUCUUGAUACACAAUUUCCCCUGAUGAUA